ACCACCGAAGCUAAAGAUGCUUCAACUGCCGUUUCACUGGGACUUCAACAUUAAGUUGUACUCUGUGGCAAACUUUGGCCACACCUAGAUCCUGUCCCAUUUCCACACAAACAACAAAAAACACACACACACACACACACAAAAAAGCCUUUUUUUUUUUUUUUUCUGGUGCGUUUGUUUGUGUGACGGCGAGUCCCGGCGGUGUAACCGGAGAGGGGCCUCGGAGAGGGAAUGCAGGACUGCAAUGGAGCACAAUGCAAUACAGUGGUUGGGUGCCCCCUCCUGCCAGCGAGGCAGCUACGCCUUCUACAAGUCGGUGAGCAGCAGAGCUCGACCUGACGGGCCCGUGGAGGUGUGGAAGCUCGGGGAGUUUUACUUCAUCCGAUGCGGGCCCCAGGACCCCGUGUGCAUCGCGGAGGUGACGUUACUAUGGGAGGACAAAACACAGCGCCACCUGCUGGCCAGCGCCAGGCUCUACUUCCUGCCCGAGGACACGCCGAAGGGCCGGACCCGGGAGCACGGAGAGGUGGGUCAAAGGUCUCGCGGCAUCUGGCCUUCGUAUCUGCGUGAGAUAAUGGGCUCGUUGGAGAUGACCCAGAUGUGUAGAUCCCAUCCAGACUCGGCCCCGGGUGUCUCCAACGGCCAUAACGACUGUUACAACAGACCCGAGCUCCAGCAAACAGAGCGGCUUCCGCCUGAUCCUCCUGAUCCUCCCGAUCCUCCUGAUCCUCCUGAUCCUCCCGAUCCUCCUGAUCCUCCCGAUCCUCCCGAUCCUCCCGAUCCUCCCGAUCCUCCCGAUCCUCCUGAUCCUCCCGAUCCUCCUGAUCCUCCCGAUCCUCCCGAUCCUCCCGAUCCUCCUGAUCCUCCUGAUCCUCCCGAUCCUCCUGAUCCUCCCGAUCCUCCUGAUCCUCCCGAUCCUCCUGAUCCUCCUGAUCCUCCCGAUCCUCCCGAUCCCCCCGAUCCUCCCGAUCCUCCCGAUCCUCCUGACGACGAGCCCACGGCGGUUGCAGAACCAGGACACGACGUGGCGGAGCGGCACGGCAUCAAGAUCCUCAGCUACCCGCAGUACUGCCGCUUCCGCUCCCUGCAGAGACGCCUCCAGGACGGAGCCAGGGGGCCGGGGCUGCAGGACCCCCACCUGCUGGCCCUGGGGGGCGUCAGGACCAGGACCAGCACCCGGCUGAUGUACUGCAGGGACACCUUCAACCACCCGACGCUGGAGAGCAGCACCAACUUCUCCUGGCAGUUCAGAUGUCCGUCUUUUAGUCUUCGAGGGCGACCUCGCAAGAGGAGAGGCCGAGACGGGAAAGACUCCCCGAACUCCAGCCAAUCAGAGUCCUGGAUCGAGCGGAUGAAGGUUUGUUCUCCAUUUGACCUCUUCCUCAUGUACUCGGUGGUCAAGCGGCUCGGCGGCUACAAAAAGGUGACAUUGGACCGUCUCUGGAAAAUAGUUUAUAACGAGCUGGGAGGAUGCCCCGGCAGCACCAGCGCUGCUACCUGCACCAGGAGACACUACGAGAGGCUCAUGCUUCCUUACGAGGACCACCUCAGAGCGGCAGGAGCCGAAUUCAAAAUCCCAGAAUCCCCCAUGCCUCCGAAACCCAGAGGGAUAAGAGGAAGGAAACCACUUCAGAGGGGCAGAAAACCAGGAUCCAAAGCCAAGGACAAGAAGCUGACAACCCCGGCUGCUCCUACUUGUACUGUGGUGAACCCCAACGGCAGCGUGGUGGUGAAGAGGGGCCGAGGCCGGCCGCCGGGCACGCGCAACAAGGCCACGCUGAUCGCCCAGGCCAAGCUGGUGGCCCAGCAUCAGGCCAAGGCCAGAGCAGCAGCCGAGUCCCAGCUGCAGAGUCCUCUGGUCCCAGGCCGGGUCGGAGGGGGGCCGACCCCCAGCACCACACCCAGGCCCAUCCAGCCGGCGGUCCUCCCUGUCAACAUGCCCCUCACCCCCGACCUCUCCCCCAUGUCCGCCCCCUUCCUCCCCUUCCAGCCCAAACCGAAGGAGCUGAAGCCGGGCAGAGGGGAGUCUGGGGCUCCGGCCGUGGUCCUCUCCACUCUGCCUCGCCACUUCGUCGGAGGACCUCUGGGCGGCUUGAGUCCCAUCAAAGGCGUCUGUCCUCUAGAUGUCUUCAGGAACCGCAUCAGCCUCCAGAGAGGCCCGGAGAGCCCGGCCCUGACGCCCCAGGACCCAACCCAGCACCAUCCGACCAUCUACACCCUCCAGCCCAAAAUUGGAAGCCCGGACACGUCUCCUCCCAGCGGGGACCAGCUUCAGCCUCAGCUCCACCCGCUCCACCAGCAGCACAACCACUGCUCCGGGUGUAAUGUGGACGAGGCGGCCCAGAGAGGAAGCAAUCGGGACGCCAGGAACCGGCCUCCAUUGCCCCCUCUCCGGGUCCUGCCUUUAAACCUGGACUGCAGCGUUCAGGUGUGCCAGCUGAUGAGGACUCGUCUGGGCUCGUCCCAGUUCCAGACCUUCACUCGCCGACUGUCUGAGGCUCUGUCCCAAGACCUGAGCCCCAAGCCCCCCUGUUCCCCCAUCACACCUCCCCCCGAGCAGGCGCUGCCUCUCAACCUCAGCAAGCGCUUCGCGGCCAAGAGACCCAGCACAGAGGGGCCAGAGGCGGGCCUGGCAGCAAUCAACGGGAACACGGAUCAACCCCCAUCCAAGAGACCCAGACUGGGCUGCACGGAUCUGGUCGAAGAUUUCGGCCCGGGCAGCCGGCCCAGCUCUGCAGGAAGUGAAGGAGGAGAAGAGCAGGAUGUGGAGAUGAAGAACCAGGAGGAACCCGCAGACCUGAGCUCCCCCAGCCGUAUCAGGGCCUUCCUGCUCGGGCUGCCACCCUUCCAGGUGAAAUUCGAGGAGGAUCUGAACGGGACGAGGUUUGGGAAAUUUCUUCCUCCAGAACCUAUGGCUGAAACCCAGCGGACCGAGACAGAGACAGGAGAGGGAGGAGUGGCGGUAAAGGAGGAGGAGGGGGGGGUGGAAAUAGAGCGAUGUGAAACUGAGAGAAGCAAGAAAGUACAGAUGUCGGAUCAGCAGGAGAAAGAUCUCACCCGCCUCUCUGGUCCCGGUCCUGCAGAGCUGAAAAGAGCCGGGCCCUCAAACACCGAGUCACACUGUUUUUAGCAAUAUUCCCUCUGUCGAUACUAGAAUUUUGUGAUCAGAAAACUGUCGGAUAAAUCUGGGAUUAGUCGCUUUUGGAGUGUGGAAAGCGGUAUCCACGGCGGGGCUUUGGUGUUGGUUUUGGACGCCGGACGGUUCAGCGGUCAGCCCGGCUCCGAUUAAUGCCUAAACAGCAGGGAUGUUUCUUUGCUUCCUAUUUGAGCAACAUUUGAACUCACAACUUCUCAUUGUUUCCCAUCCUUGUUGUUGCUUGUUUUCUGAUCAUGUCGUUGGUUGAACUCUGCAGAGGAGUGACGACACUGAGACUCACGACAAUCACAAAUCAGUUUCUCUUCCUUUCUCUGUUGAUUUCUGUCUCUUUAAGGUAAAAAAAAAAAAGAAGAAACAGAGGAGUGAGACUGUGACUAUUUAACAAACACUGCCGAAACCCUCCAUAACACUAUUAAUUACACUAUUCAAUAUUACAGUGAAAUAUUGAAUAAGAUCAAUAUUACUUCAAAU